AUGGAGCAGAUCAUGCAGAUGCAGGACGAUAUCCAUAAGCUCAAGAAGCUCAUGGACUCGGUGUUUGAGAGAAUUGAAAACCAGUCGGACCAGAAUCCGUAUGACACGGUAGAUGCCUAUACGGACAAGGACCGAAUUGUCGAGAUGCUCAAUCGUCUGAGCUCCAGGAUGGCAGACGCGGACAUGUCCAAUCUCACUGCGACGCCGACGAAAGAUGCUACUGCUGAAGAUAUUGCAGAGCUCAAACAAAACAUCAAUCGCAUCGAGGCCGAGCGUCAGAAUAUCAAUCGCCGUGCCGGUGCAUCGCUCAAAGGGGUCUUGUGA